AUGUUCCACGCUAUGUUUGGAAUACUGGCACAUUUGUGCGCAGCGGGGCUAGUAGUUACCUGUGCUGAGCACGUGGACCUGCAGCUCAUGCAGAUGCACACGGCAGUUCCCUUGCAUGGGAUCCGGCAGGGAUGUCAUACUUCAACCCAGGGCGACGAGUGUUACGAGAAGGUGGAAUGGGCGAUGCGAACAGGCAUCAAAAAACACCCAGAAUGGUAUCUCCCCCUGACGAGUAAUUCCAGCUUCGAGGACUUCCAGCAGCACCUGCACACAGUGUUCAGGCUCUCUGACGUGUGUCCCAAGCCAUGCGCAGCGGAGCAGUCAGAGUGGAAUGGGCGAUGCGAACAGGCAUCAAAAAACACCCAGAAUGGUAUCUCCCCCUGA